UAUCCAUCGAGGAAGCUGGCGUUAUUCAUCGGACACAAUAAUGGCUGCUAUCCAACUCCACUGCCCUUUUCUCCGCUGUCCAGUCGACUUUGGAGAGUCACCAAUGCUUCAGUCGUCGUCCUGAAGCCGCCAUUACCUCCGUUCCUUCCCUGGCCUGGCUGCUUACCCACAAUGCAAUGCCAGAAGACUUUGUCUUCCUGUGACAGACCAAUGUAACGGUUUCCACCUCCAUUUCACCAGCAAACCCGCCUCACAGCUUCACCGUAGGAAGGUCCUGUCCUGUUCAUCUCGUUCUUUGUCUGACUGAAAUCAUGUCUGGCUCAGGAGAGUUACCAGCCAUCGAGGGUUCUGGGAUGGGCGGGAUGAAACUUCCCAUCGGGAUGACCCGGCGAGCCCUCAGCUAUGACGAUAAUCUGGAGGCCCCCAUGUCCACGCCCCCCCAUGACAUCAGCAUCAACAACCUGUGGAGGCGACCCAUCAUACCGGACAGGAAGUUCACACACCUGGCUGAGGAGGAUGAAAGUGGUGUAGUGAGUCAGCCUGUAGUGCAUGAGAGCACCCCCUCCAGGUCACCAACUGUAGUGAAAGCCAAGGCCUCCUCCAUAAUCAUGAAUUCUCUCAUCACCAAGCAGACUCAUGAAAGCAUGUACAAGUUUGAGCAGAGGGUGGGGCUUAGCGACACCAGCUACACGCCUCACAAAGGCCUCACUGCUGAGGAGACGAGACACCACCGCCGUAUUCCUGAAUCCCUCCAGAAACUGCAGAUCCAGAGUUUGGAGGCCAGAGAAGAGCAUCAGAGCGCCUCCUCCCAGUCCACUCCCGCUAGUACACCACACACCUCCCCUAGACAACUCCGCAGGAGUUGGUUCAGCAGCACGGGUUCAGAGAUAAGCAUGAGCUCCUCCAGCAGCAGCAUCGACAUGGGAGGAGGCGGAGAAACGGCUGGAGGCGCGGUUGAACGCUGGAGUAUGUUUGGUCCGCGGCCGCAUGUACACAAAUCCACCUCUGACCUGGGAUCAGACUCCACUACUGCAGCAGGCUUUGCGGUGCAGGCCUACCGAGGCGCCCAGAAGCCAACCCCCAUGGAGGUAAUGAAGGCAGGGACCACACGGCUGGGUGACGCGCCUGUAGCGCAGUCAGUGACUCCUCCCAAAAUGGAGAUCCCCAUCGUGGAGAGUCGGCGGCAGGGGUCGAGACCGCACAAGCUCAAAAACAGAGACAUGAACAUCCUGACGCCCUCUGGCUUCUAGGAGAACUCAUCACACCCGCCGCUCCAACUCCAGAGGUCCCAUGGAACAACACUCACAGGAAAAACUCUCGUCAUGUGAACAUUUCUGACCUGAUAGCGUGUCAGAUGGCAUGUGUCAAGCCAUUUGGGUUAACAGGAAUCUGAUGAAGGUAGAUGUCUAUCAUCCUAAUUAUAACGGCACCAUAUUUACCAAACUCACAAACAACAGAUGGUAAAAUAGUGAGCCUGACAAACUGAUAAAAUCUGCAGAUUUUACCAACUAAAGUGGUGCACCAAGUUUAAUUUACAUCAGGAAAACAACCUUUAGGACUGUGUUCAGAUAUCUCUGUUCUUAAAUCAGACUUUGGUUGUGAUAAACUUGGAUGAAACUCAAAUUUAAUGUUUAAAUUAUCCUUCUCAGACACUUUUGAGGGCCAUAACAUUAUGUAAAAUAUGUCAUGGGUCCUUUGAAAGCAGCUCCAACAUCCAGAUCAACUCUGUACCAUCAAUCUUCACCCUCCAAACAUUCAAGGAUCAGAAAAUUAAGCUUUUACCAUCUGCUUUCACUGCUUUUAGAGUCACUUAGCUGUAAAAAUCUAAUCCCUCACUGUUAUAGCUGUCACAUCAGACUGCAGCAUACUGACAUGAUGAACGGUUUGUUUAAGUUUAAGGGGAAGGAGAUCCUGAUCCUAGUUUGAGAUGAUCCCCCUGUUUAUGCACUUUAUACCCUCUCUUUAGACUCUUUAGACCCUUUCACCUUUCUUUAACAUUUCAUUUGUCAGCUUUUAUCGGACAUUUCCCUGAGCAGGGCAGUAAUCCAAAUGAAUUCUGUAACAUACUUUUAAUACACAGAUGAAAACGGCUCAGGAAAUGAGAAAUUUAGCUCCUGCUCACUGAAAUGCUCCACCGUUUUUUUGUUUUGUUUUGUUUUGUUUUUUCAUUUUUAGAUUUUUUAAUGUAUAAAUUGAGUUUUUAUGUCCUGUUGUAAUGACAGGGGAUCAGAAGAAAUGCAUUUCCACCUCAAGUGUGAGAAAAAGUCAGAGCUACAUGUAAACAAGGCUCACACGGAUACUUUAAGAUUAUUAUAUGAAGGAGAAAGCUUCAAGCAUGUUUUAGUUUUCAGUGUGUGAGCUUUGUUAAUAUGUCAGCCUCUGUUUUUCAUCACCCUCUGUUAGAUAUGAAGGUUUCUGGUUGUUUUUUUUAGGAUGAGUUUUUGGUGCUUCUGUGUUAAAGGUUGACUAAAUGAUCAGUACCUCAAUACUUUCCAAUACCACAUGCUUUAAAACCAACCAAGCUGAGUUAGCUUAAUGCCGGGGUUCUCAACCUUUUCAGUCCACGACCCCCAAAUUUGUUUUUCCACAACAACUGAGCUACCUGUUUGAGGGCGCAUCUGAGCCCUCAUUGAGCUCUACAGUCUGGUCUCUGCACAGUCUGAUCUGAUUGACUUUACAUUGUUUUAAAGCAAAAUACAAAGAGCAGACCGACGACGCCAUACGCCGUUCUUCUCCCUUUCUCUCUCUCUCUCUCUGUCCCUCCGCAAUCAAUAAAGAAAUAAUAAUUCACACUUAUCAAAAAGAGAGAAUUUUACUGCAUAGAUGCUAAAGAACAGUCCUCUAAUUAUUUAUCUAUGGGUCUCUAGGAUAGCAGAAAUCAUUUCUUUGGAUUGGGCAGUGCUUUACUAGUGCCAGUUAAAUUUAAGACUCUAUCUUGGGCUAAAUGCUUUAAAAAUCUUAAGCAUUUUAUUUUUAGACAGUCUAGAACCGCUUUGACGUCACCUUGGCACGCUUGGAGGCGGGCCGGCUUGCUUUUGCCCCGCUCCAGAGCAGCCAAAAGUCAUAGUGGAGAAGUCCCAUUCGUGUACUUUGAGUUUUCAAAGUUUGAUUUUAACAUAAUGAGUAAAAUCAUGAUGAAACACAUUGGAGUUUCUACAAAAAAAAAAACCUGUAGAAGCGUUCCUGUACGGUUUUACCAAAAAAACACUUAAAUGGAUGUUGAUUUCUGGCAAAAAUACGUAAAUUUUUUCGCAUGGGUCUUGGGGCGGGCCACCACUGGUCAACUGCACAAACAAAUUUAAGUUUUUUGGCAUUUUUGGUCAUUAAGUUACUCUGUUUUGGCAGCCUAGGACUUCUGUCUUUCUUGCUGUGGUGUUAAAAGGUAUUGAUGUAAUUUGAUUUUUUUCUAUAAGAAUCUGGCGUUGUGACGCUGGCUGACGAAGGCACGGCUGAUGUGCAAACUUGUUGCAUCCUGCAGAAACUUAAAAAAAAACGAAUCUUUCAUUUUUUAUUUUGAGUCAUUGUGCAUUCUUGUGGAAAAAAUGAUUUACUGCCUUACAGUGACUGAAACUGACUGAUUUUGUAUUUUAUUGAAAAAAUGUACCAUGUUCUCAUCAGUCAGUGCCUCUACAGUGCUCCCAUUCUGCCACUUCACUGGCUUUAAGCAAAGUUUCUGCAGGAUGAAGCAUGUGCAUCACACCAGAGUUUAAUGAAAUGUAGCACCUUACUGGUCAUUUUUGUUUUUGCACUUUUAUUGUGAAGUCCAGGCGGUCUCCUUACUGCGUUGAUUCAUGCGUAAAAAUACAAGAGUGCAGUCUGUUUAAUGGCGUGAACAUUUCAGAUCCACUCGCCGCUGUGAUUCUGCUGUUCGAUGUUCUUCUGUGGACACUAAAAGAAGAAAACACUCUGCUGUCAGUCUUAAAUAUUAAAUGACUGUCUCUGUUUAGUUUCACGGUUUGUGUUCACGAGUGCUCUGUGUUAAAAGUGUAACGCUGUUCCCUUUAAAUCCCUCCUGGACUGAAGAAUCACACCUGAGUAUCCUCUGUACAGUAGUGUCUGUGUUUGAGUUAUUUUUGUGUUUUAUCCUUGAAUUUUAUUUUCCACGUGAUGUUUAAAGAUGUUUUUGUACAGUUACUUUUUCUUUGCCAAAAUAGUUUGAGAAUAAAUGUUUCAUUCUCGU